AAAUUCUUGCUGUAUUUUCAGACUGGAAGUCUGCUUUCAUUGAUCUGAUGAAAAACUGUGCUGCAGUCAUCAGGGCUGAGGGAACACUAGCAGCAGCAAUAACGGAGAUGGGUCUUUUGUCAUUUCUUAUGACUCUGGAGUCUUCUUUAUUGGGCAUGUCAAGUCCAGCUUUAACAGAUGGGAUUUUUUUUUUCAGUCUCUUCCAGAUUCAUGGACAUUUGUAUGUCCGUUACUUUGAAUCUGGAAGGUUGUCUGGAUUUUUCAGAUCCAAAGGCCUUAAUAUAAUACGGAAGUCGGUUGGUGGCAGUUACCACACACAUAACAUUUUCCAUCUUCAAGUCUUCAAUGCCACUGACAUUGAACAACACCAAAAGAAGAUCAAGGAAAGACUUGAGGAAAAAAGAAAAGCACAAAACAUUGUUAAACCUCAGAAAGAAUUUGGCCAGAGAUUUCACAGCAUUAUGGUGGAAAACAAGACUGGUGUUUUGAAGUCUCAUAUGAACUUAAUGGCCUUGGUCCAACAGCAAGAAUCCACUAUGACAGAGACGAACAGCCAGCUUAUUGGAACUGUACUCCACGUCAUUAGGAAGGAUUCCCACAAAUGCAAACUACCAAGCUCUGGAAGGUUUAUGAUUGCAUCUGGAAUUUUUGAUGAUAAAGUUUCUGAAUGGGAAGGAAGCUUGCAACUGUUCAGGAAUGAAGGCACCUCAGUAAAAGAACCAACACUUCAAAGUCUGCUGGAUCUAACAAGUGAUAGUUUAACAUGGGAUAAGCAGUGCACAGUCCUUUCAGCUCUACCAAAUUUUCAUCACUGGAUUGAAACUCAUGUGGGUUACAGUCGCAUGCUUUCACUGGGUGUACAAAAAUACAAGCCAGCAUCUGCAAGAAAUCUUAUUCUCUAUUACUACCGAGAAGUGAAAUCAGAAGCCAUGCUUGCAGUCAUGAGGAAAUUGUACUUUCCAGAUACACCUGUAGAGGUAUCAUCAACUGCAUGCCAGGAUUCUGGUACUUCAGAUAUUGGCCACACUCCAGCAAAGAGAAGGAGGCUCAACACAACCAGUGCCAGAAGAUCACUGACAGCUGAUGAUAUUUUGAGAAACCUGAGUGUCAUUGACCCAAAGUAUAACACAACAAACCGGAUAUCCAACAUAUCAGCCUAUGAAACUUUUGAAACGGCAUUGAUAGAAGUUGGUGUUUUGGCUUGGAGAAUUCAUCAGGCUGAUUUAGAUGUCUUAGUCAUGAAUGACAUCAGCAUGACUAAUGGCCAAUUUUCCAGUCAAAAGUUUGCUCACAUGUCCAGGAGUAAGCAUGGCGACUUAUUUGAAUAUCAGUGCACAUGUGAUUUAUAUGGAACACUGCUACAAAUUGCAGCAGUUGAUAUUCCAUAUGAGGAUGUCGAGAAUGCCUAUCACUUGGAUAUCCGCUGCUGCCAUAUCAGGUUCUUUCUGGAGAAUAUUGAAGAUGUAUCAAGUACUUUAUUUGAUGAUAACUUUUCAUUUCAUGAACCAACCAAACUUCAGGCCAAGUUACUUGAAGCAGUUAGAAGUGAAAACUUAAAAGAUGCUGUCUGCAUAUCUUUGUUGGAUAACAAUAGGAAAUUCUCUGUCAUCUCUGAUGAUCACACAUCUUGCAGCUUUGUCCACUAUACUGAUGGGAAAUUUGUUUGUCAAUCUGGAGCUUGUGAUGCUGGAUACGGAAGUGCCAGACGACAAGAUCGAUAUCUUCAUAAAGAUGAUAACUUGUGUUGCCAUCUCAAAAUACUCAGAGAAAACUCUCAUCUUUGGCUGUCAUCUGAGGCUGAAGAGGUCAACAUGUUUGAAGAUGAAGAGGAUGACAAUGACUUGGAGAAUGAGGAAAUUGCACCAGAAGUGCCUGCUUCAGAUCCAUAUAUAGAGGACCUGAUACCAAAUCCAGUGGCAUGUGACCAGACAUCUGCUGAACAUAAGAAACAUUUCUUUGAUGAGGAAUCUGGUUUGUGGCAGUUUGAGUCUCUGAGCAACCACCAACCACUGGAAGAAGGUGAUCCUGUACUACAAGCAGCCAUGAGACAUCGACUUUCUUUGCUUGAUGGCUUGAAUGGUGCGCAGAGAGAUUUUGAGGGCAAUCUGUGGAGAGACCGAUCGGGGCCAUUUUCCUUGUAUCCUCCUGCUAUCUAUGGACCAUGUCUUUGUGGGGCUGGUUAUUACAAUGCAUAUACAAUGCCUGUGGGUAUUCUGUCUGAUGUCAAAUACCAGACCAUUGUUUAUACAACAAAUGGUCCUUGUCGGUUCGAGGUAAAAUUUCGUGAAUGUUUGCAGAGAAACCAUGAUUGCCUCAUGCCAUAUGAUGGAUCAAGUCACUGCCUGCACUUCCUCAGUAGGAACACAGCUGCUGGGGAUGAAAUUGGUUGGGAUUUUGUGGAUAGAGUGUUAAACACUAACAUAACUUUUUCAGCCUAUUGUACACUGAUGACUAAUCAGUAUCAGCGCCUGUAUUCUUUAUCUGCUAAAUUUAUGUCUCCACAAACGUUUAUUGCUUGGUGCUUCUCAUGGGCUUCUAAUUUCAAAGUAGAUUUCAGGGUGGUCUGGAUAUCUGCAAAUAUGAACCUAAAUACCUUGCUUGUGAUGGAACAAAAAUAG